UUCUCGUUCCCGAUUUAGUGCGAUCCAGACCUUUAAAGCCAACAACAAAUAUGAUCAUAGUCGCUCUUAAUGAGCAAAUUCGUGUUAAUGAUAAUUCUGAUUCUUUGCUCGCGCGCGAUAACACUGGAUACAAACGUGUCAAUUAAUAAUCCAGUCGUCAUCUCUUCAACCAAGAGCCCCUUUUAUCUUCGACCGAAUACCGUUAAUGUAAAUACAGUUUUAUUCAAAGAUUCUGAUGUGUCUAAAAUUUGUUGGAAUGCAGAUGACGUCAUUCUCCUUGCGAUUCGCCGAGAAAUGCAAGAACUGAUACCUACAAAAAUGCCUGAAAACGUAACGAAGCUCUUCGACUACUACAAGCUGUUACUGGAAGCAGUGGACUCGCUCGAAACUGACGACGGCGACGGUGGGCAACGGCGGAAACUCAUCGUGUCGGCCUUCGCAGACUCCAUCGGGGGCCACCUCAACUUCUUAGGGAUCCCUGCGACGAACGCGGGCUACUACACCGGCGACGUGGAGUACGAGGAGGCCCGCAACAUGCACGAUUUGUUUGACACCGUCAAAGAGUACCUGGCCACGAGCGGUCGCGACUGGCGAACACCCAUCCCCUCUCCCAUCGUCCCCGGAACAAUCCCCGUUCGGCCUCUCGAACUGCGCUUCCCGCUAAGACAGGAUCCCUGCCGGGAAUUGGUUCUUAGACCCGGAGCCAAAGUCGACGGUGGGACUGCAGACUUAUUACCUAUUCCUAUGCCGUACCUAGACGACGAGAACCAUCCCAAUUCAAUUGCCCUCCCUUUUCGUUUUAGGAGUUUAUUCAGUCUUGGAAAUGGAAACACGUCGAACGUGUUGCUCCGAUAUUACGAACUAGGUCUCGGCUGCUUGGCCCAUUCCUACCGGCCCAAGGAUGUGGCAUCUUUCAACGCUAACGUUAGUUCUUGGAUUUUUAAAUCGGUUUUGCCGCAUUUACGAGGAACAAAAUGGUAUCCAGGCUUCAAGGGAGUCACAAGGAUAAUUGAGACCGCGAGAUUAGUAGAUUCUGGUGAAAUUCAGCUGCCUUUGACUUCUUCUUCGAACACAACACCGAUGACGCAUUGGGAAGAUUCCAGAGAUAGACUCUGGAAUAGGGGAAAUCUGAACGCAUCGCUGACGACGAAAACUGAUGGAGCAAUGCUUCGAAUGCGAUCGGCGGCUCCUGAUUGGCUCUUGCGGGAGCUGGAGAAAUGUGCUCAUUUCUCGGGCCGAUUCGCCAAGUUCUCACUCUCCAGAGAUGCUGCAGUGGGAAUCGUGCUCUGCUUUUUGGUCCUUCUCCUACUUCCUUGCUACAUCCGUCAUCUUCGGCGACGGAAAACCGCAAGAACACGGCGACUUCGGACGCGAGAGAGUGAAACAAAGCUCUUCCGAAAGCUUCUGGUUCUCUCCCCACAAGAAGGAGGAGCGGGCAAGAGAAGGAACUCCGGUCUGGUUCAUACAGAAGGAUCUGAUGACGAGGAGGUUCAUUCGAAGUUCACAUUUUUUAAGAAUUUCUGGCGAAAAACAAGAACGCUACCAACACAUAGUGAAAGGAGUCUGUCACUUCUGGAUACAGAAAGAAGAAAUCAUAAUGAUGGUCCAUCCCGCGCAACAUUGCCCACCGACGAUUGUGAACGUCUGUAUCGAUCUGAAUAGAUAUUGUCAUUGCUUAAAAGAUGUAAAAUAGGAAAUAACAUUACAUAUCGGUGGCUAAAAAGCGAGACCACGUGUCUCCUUUUGCAACACCGUAGACUUCUAGUCACACUG